CGGAACCGGGAGUGGGGCCGGGAGCGCGACGGCACCUGCGGGGCGGGGCCGCCAGGGAACGGGGCCGGGGGUGGGGGGCAGGUGGCGGGGGAGCUGAGGCUGGGCCGGGCCGGCGCCUCCCCGUGGCCCGCAGCGAGCCGCGGCCUGGUCCACACGUGGGGCCUGGUCCCGCCGUACGCGCCCGGGCCCGGUGGGUCCGCGCCCCCGGCGGGGUUCGGCCCCGCGGCCUUUGCCCACCAUGCCGCCGCCGGCAGAGCCGCAGCCGGAGGCGGUGGCCGAGCCGAUGCUGGAGCAGUGGCGGCAGUACAACGAGACCGACCGGCAAUGGGCGCUGCGCCGCCGCUUCAUCCUCCGCCACCUCCCCGCGUACCCCGGCGCCGCCAUCGACCAGCUGCUGGCGCUCUCCGUGCUCUGGACCAACCACGUCUUCAUGGGCUGCAGAUACGGUGUGCAGGUCAUGGAGAAGGUUCUCAAGAUGGCUGAAGGCAUCGACAUUGGGGAAACGAGGUCGUACGAGUUGGUGCCCAACAGGAAGCUGAAGAGAUACCGCUCUCCGUCAGACAGUCCAGAGCCAGAAGAGGUUCCUGAGCCACCCAAAAAGGUGGUCCCCAGGUUCCGAGUGCGACCACGCUUUGAGCCCAUACAUUUUGUCACCAGUGCUGAGAAGGAUGGCAAGAAGGACAAUUCUCUGGAUAACCAAAGGCAGGAGGUGAACCAGGAGGCAAAUACAAACAGCAUGGCACAGCCAGCUGAAAACUGUACAAAUUCUUUUGUGAAUGCACGAGAGGUGAAUCCCCAGCUCUCCAGCUCAGCUGGGCUUGGCUUUGCAGGCCCAGCAGCAGCAGCCAAGAAGGCUGUGAAUAGUGUGGACUCCACCACAAGCAAUGCUGUGCCGGUUUCUGUUUCCCCUUCAACUGCCCCGUCUGCAUCAGAGACUUUCCCUCCAUCAGCAAUAAUGCUGAAGCAGAGCUUUAUGGAGAAACUGUCAGCAGCUGUCUGGAAAAAUCUUACUAAUCCAGAUGCAAACACUGGGACGGAUAAAAUUAACUUCACGUAUCUUUUGACACGUUCAAUUCAGGCAUGCAAGACAAACCCUGAAUAUAUUUAUGUUCCUCUGAAAGAGAUCGCCCCCGCUGACCUGCCCAAGAGCAAGAAGCUCCUGACAGAUGGCUUCGCUUGUGAGGUGCGAUGUCAGAACGUCUACCUGGCCACGGGCUACGCCGGCAGCAAGAACGGAUCCCGGGAUCGAGCCGCGGAGCAGGCAGUGAAGCUGCUGAAGAAAUCCGUGGAAGUUCGAGUUGUUCAGCGGAAGUUCAAGCACACCUACCACGAGGACCUGGUGGUGUGUGAGGCAGGUGUGUGUCGCCCAGAUUUCCCUCCCGCUCUCAAACCUCAUGAGGAGUUCGUAGUUGCCAACAGGGACUGUGUCCCAAUGCAGCCCGGUACUGAAUCCAUGAAGGGUUCCACGAAUACCAACAAAGACUGGACUAGUUUUGUCCUCACAGAGAAUGCCAGCGAUGCAAUAGGAAUACUUAACAAUUCUGCCUCAUAUAACAAAAUGUCUGUUGAAUAUAAGUAUGAAUUAAUGCCCAACCGCUCGUGGCGUUGUCAGGUGUAUCUCCAAGAUCACUGCCUGGCCGAGGGAUUUGGCACAAAAAAGACCAGCAAGCACGCGGCAGCUGAGGAGGCACUGAAAAUCCUGCAGAAGAUGCAGUCAAAUAUAGCAUCCAUCAAAGUGACCCAGGUGCAGAAAGUGGGCUGCUCAUCACGGGGCUCUGGGAGGAAGAAGGACCUGAAGGACCUGGUGAUCUACGAGAACUCCAGUAACCCGGUGUGUACCCUGAACGACACCGCCCAGUUCAACAAGAUGAUGGUGGAGUACGUCUUUGAGAGGAUGACAGGCAUGCGAUGGAAAUGCAAGGUGAUGCUUGAAGAUGAAUUCAUCGCAGAAGCAGUUGGAGUGAAGAAAUCUGUCAAGCAUGAGGCAGCAGAGGAAGCCGUGAAAAUCCUCAAAAAGACUCAGCCAACUGUUGUUAAUAACCUGAAGAAAGGCACUGUUGAAGACGUCAUCUCCAGAAAUGAGAUUCGAGGUCGAUCAGCAGAAGAGGCUUUCAAACAGAAGAUCAAAGAAGACAACAUUGGGAACCAAAUUUUAAGAAAGAUGGGCUGGACAGGUGGUGGCCUAGGGAAAGAUGGUGAAGGAAUUAGGGAGCCUAUUUCAGUAAAGGAGCAGUUCAAAAGGGAGGGACUUGGGCUUGAUGUGGAAAGGGUGAACAGAAUCGCUAAGAGAGAUAUUGAAGAGAUCAUUCGAAACUAUGCACGUUCAGACAGUCACAUUGACUUGACUUUCUCUAGAGAACUGACCAUGGAUGAGCGGAAGCAGAUACAUCAAAUUGCUCAAAAAUAUGGUCUUAAAAGUAAAUCCCAUGGGCAGGGACACAACAGGUACUUGGUGGUGAGCAGGAAGCGGCGCAAGGAAGAUCUGUUAGACCAGCUGAAGCAGGAAGGCCAGGUUGGGCAUUAUGAGCUUAUCAUGCCCCAAGCAAACUGAGGUGAGGUGUCCCCUUUGACGAGAGACUGAGUUUCCUGGACACUCGACUAAAGAAAGAGAUGCUGCAUUUUUCUCGUGGGUAAUAAUGACAUUAAAGUCUUUUACUUUGGCAAUAUAAUUUCUAAAACGUUGUUAGGUGUUUAGAACCAACCGAAUUAUGUUCAAACGCAUUAGCACAACCCAAAAGCAGUAGUGCUGUUACUGUAUGUGUCUUUGAUAUUACUUGUUCCUUCACAUUUUAAUAGUUUUGUAAUAGCAAACACACAUGUCCAAUGAGAAGGAAUUUGACAUCAUUUAAAAUUAUAGGUCCCUUACUCUUCUUGAGCAAGGAAGGAAAAAAAAAACCUUUUUAAAAAAAAAAAAGCAAAGGAAAUGCAGUCUGGGGGCAUAAACUUGUAUGUAAAAUUGGUAUUAAUGACAACAAAAAUAAAGUUUUAUUUCUGGAAAAAAAAAAGGUUUUGUCACACUUGUAUUAAAAAAAGUGUGAAAACUUCAUUAUUCUUGAGAAAUACAUAUAUCCAGGUCUUGUCUCUGCUGUGUGUGUAUGUACAGUAUGUAAACCUUAACCAGUUUAGUGGUAGUUUUAUUCAUAGAUUUCUACCUUGAGUCUCCCAUUCUGAGAAUCACUGAAGGCGCCUUCAUUGCCAGCAAACAGGACUGAGAGAAUUCCAGCGUUUCUACCUUGGAGAACGGUUGACAUGUGCAGAUGCCAUGGUGAAGUGUGAAAUAUAAAAACUGGAGGUAAAUGCAGAGCCCACGCUCAAAGAUGCUCUUGUAGCUUGUGGGGAUUGUUAUAUAACUUAUUUUUUUACUUGGAAUAUCAGCUCUUUAAUCCUGAACAAAACUGAA